UCCAAGCAACAUGAUUACCAGACGAUUUUAGCCCUUCCAAAUUUCGAAUUUCCAGUUCUCCCCACAUGCCGGCUUCUUUCCCACUCCUCAGGACCUCACUCGAGUUUCUUAGAUUUGAAAAUUUCUCGCGACUUCAUAAAAGAUAAUUUUUAGUUACUUAUUUCUCCCCAGAUUUCUUCUUCAGUAAAGUUCACUCUUUUAAAGCCUCCAAUGCUGUUUGCAAACUGAUCCAACUCGGUGCCAAACAAAGGUUUUGUGGUGUAAUUUAAGGAAACCCCAUAAAAAGGAAAAAGAUUAAAUAUGAGUGAUUUAAUUUCUGGAGUUGAUAAUAUGUCGGUGACGGAGGCGAAGAGUGGUGGUAAUGAUGCUGGUAGAAUUGCAGAAGUGAAGGCGUGGCUUACCUCACAAUUUGAUGCAGCAGGGAAAGAUGUUCCUGAAUUCGAAUAUACGCCACGCAGCAUUGCUCAUUUAUAUAAUUUGGCUACUGCUUCGCAAGCGAAAACACAGGCUGCCAACAUUGUUGCGAAUGAUUUUCGCCAGAAAGCUGUGGAGUAUCGUGCACAAGCUGCAAGGAUUAGAGAGAUACUCGAGAAUGUGGGAUUAGCACAGGAGAGUUUGCCCUCGAAUGUGGUUUCAUCAGCUCAAGUUCUUGCAAAUGUAGCAAACUUUUUGAAUAUAAGAGACACGGAACUAAGCAGUUUUCUUGUAGCAAUGGGGGAUCUUUCUUUAAGAAAGACUGGAGUAGAAGAGAAGAGAGCUAAAGUACAGAAGGAGUCCAAAAUUCUCCUUGAUUACACACGGAAGGCAAUAGCCAGGCUUACCUAUUUAAAAAGAACACUCGCACAACUAGAGGAUGAUGUACCUCCUUGCGAGGCUCAGAUGGAGAAUUGGAAGACAAAUUUAGCAGUUAUGGCAUCAAAGGAGCGACAAUAUUUGCAGCAGUACUCUAACUACAAGGCACUUCUUAAUCGUGUGGGCUACACCCAAGACAUUAGCCAUGGGAUGCUGGUAGAAAUGGCUGAGCACAGACAAGAUUUGGAGAAGAAAACAAAACCCAUCAUGGAUACUUUGAGGAGUUAUCAGGACUUGCCUCCGGAUAAAGCCUUGGCUACUUUAGCCAUUGAGGACAAGAAAAGGCAGUAUGCUGCUGCCGAGAAGUAUCUCGAAGAUGUAUUGCAAUCAGCCCUUGCCACAACAGAUUAACGCACUGGAGGAUAAGUUAUUGUUGUCCUCUGUGUUUUGUGCUGAAGUUGACAUCUUUUUGAGCCCAUGGCCAUUGUCUCUGUCUGUGUGUAUUUACCAUCUCGCGUAUUUGGACUAGAGCAGUGUCUUAUGCCAUCAACGGUUGUGUACAAGUUUGAUUUAUAUUUACGGAAGGUUUUUUUUUUU